UGUCCUCACAAUCUUCUUCUCACCAUCACUUCUUUUCUUCUCUUUUCCUCAAAAAAGCUUCUAUCCUUCUCUUUUGCGAUUGUGGUAGUGAUGGAUCGUUCAUGUGGUCUGUUCUCUAAGCACGAUGCUAAUGGCAAGCGUCGCUUCGACGACGACAAAGAGGAUCUAUCAGAUCCGGUUCGCAACGAAGUUGAGCUUCGUCCGAAAUUUCAAAAGGAGCAUGAAAAGUACGAGUAUGAGAGUUGGGGCUCAUCGCCGACUUCGUACAAGGAGGAGGAGCGCCGCCUUGCAACGACAACUCUUUCUUGACCUCAUCAGGCUAGAUCUGAUGAUGCCCUAGAUCUGUGGCUUAAAGCGCGUGACGACGGGUUCCCUAACUCCAACGACAACCCUAGAUCUGAACCUAGAUCCGCGGACUGCAUCAACUCUUCCAAAAACAAUGCCCAUGGUGACCAGUGCAAGGAUGGCAGCUCGGGUCGUGGGAUUGUUCCCCGUCCUCCGCCGGCAAAAGGCUGGUCUACGAGCGGCGUCCCCUCGGAGCGGAGCGGCGCCGGCUCCGAGGUGGGUGCUGCCGUCGCCUCGGAUGGCGUCGCUCCGGGGACGAGCGGCGCCGGCGACGAGGUUGGCGCUGUUCCGGAGGCGAACAUCCUCAGCGUCCCCGUCGAUGCGUGGACAUGCCACCAGUGCCGUCAGAGGAAAACAGGGGUCACAGCAGAUUGCAAGGGGUCCAAUAAGAGGGGCAAGUGCCCUCUCAGAUACUGCAAGAGUUGCAUAUGUAACAGGUACCCUUUGAUUGCGGAUGAGGUGUUGAAGAAGGAGGCCUGGGAAUGCCCCAAAUGCAGGAAUGACUGCAACUGCAGUAGGUGCAAAACUAGGAAAGGGGAGGCGCCGACGGGGCGAAUGGUCCGUGCUGCCAAGAGGCCGAAGGUCAACCUGGUGCAAACUGAGAGCAAUGAUGCUCUCAUGGAUGAAAUAGUUGUACCCAGGGGUACUCUCAUGACUUGCAUUGCAGGUAUGAAGCUGCAGUCUGAAGAUGUUGGUGCUGCUAUUCAAUUUCUGGAGUUCUGCCGCUCAUUUGGCGAGAUCUGCAAAAUAGGGAAGGGGCAACCAGAAGAAACUCUCAGACACUUAACUGAACUCCAAGAGGUGUCUUCAGUUGUUGCCGACGUUCACAUAAAUCUUCUGUCUGUCAUAGAAAAUGGCAAAGAUAACCCUUUUGAUAAGUAUCCAAGACAUGGAGAUGAAUGGAUAAGGAAAGUAGGCGAGUACAUCUCUUUGACAUUCCAUGCAGAAGAUUUCACCCUUCAGUGCUUAAAUCAGGGGGUAUCAGGAUAUAGAAGUCUGAACCCUUCUUGUAAGCUGGAGGUUCUGAAUUGUCUGUGUGAUGAGGCAUUGUCUUGUGAAAAGUUGAGGACCUGCAUUGACAAUAAAGAUAGAAAAUGUGUGGCCACACAAGAAAUCAAAGCUGCAACCAGAAAGCAAAAGGAGCUAAAAAGAAGAUACGAUGACAUGACUAAAACAAUUGAAGGAGGAGAUACUGCUAACAAUGAGGAAGCUAAUGAUAUCCUUUCUCAAAUAAAGGAAGCAGAAGAAGUCAAGCAGGCUGCCCAGAAUGUGCUUUGUGUGCCUGUUUUUGGAGAGCAUGCACAACUACAGCCAUUACAAGCACCUAUGAAAAGGAAAAACAGAGAACACAACUUGCAAAAGACGAAGCACUCCACGCUUGGCAUUGAAGAAAUCAUGGCCGGAGCAGCUAAGCAAGACAUAACCGACCAUCAUAGGGGAAUUAUGCUCCAUGUAGCACCUUGGGACUGGAGGAAGCAAAACACCUUCCAUCUCUAUCACUGAAGAGGGACCCUACUUCCUUGCCUUGGAACGGAAUGCACCGCUCUGUCGGGAUUCAGAGUUGCUCACCCGGAAGUAUGCCAGCCUCUCAGCGCGAAGUAGCCCUAGAACUACCACCUACACUCGGAAUAUACCUUGUCGGCAACCCGCCGUUGUCCACGCACAACCAAAAGGAGCUAGAAAGGUACCAGGGACAGUCGCCGAAGGAGGCAGCAGAGCAUCGAGAUGACACGAAGAGCGGCAAGGGAGCAGAGCAACUGACUGCAAAGAAAUUCCGUGAGUCCUCGGCUUUCGCUGCGCCAAGGGGAACCCUAUCCCCUUCAGCAAGGAUCGAAGACGCUGCACCACUGAAAGCGAGUAACGCAAACUGUUAUUGGGGAGCACCAACUUGAAGGACGUUUUCGACACCUCUUUCUCUCCUCCUCCUCCACUUUGUUGUGAAUAUCUUCAUCAUGGCACCCGAUUGUAAGGUUCUACUCCCCCUUACUCGAAAUACUUGCAUUCCUUGUGGGAGGGGUGUAGCAGGUUCAUAUUAAAGCCAUUGGCUAUGACUUUAAGGUAUGUACUUGCAUGGGCAUUAAUCAACUAAUUCAAAGUCAA